AUGGUAGACAGUGUAAUGCUUUCUACAUUGGAAAAACAGAGCGUAAACUACAAGAAAGAGUUUACGAACACCAUUCCACCUUCUGGAAACAUCUCAGCAAAUGAGCCUGCAGUACCUCAGUGCACAUCAGGUUUCUUGCCUUGUCAGAAUGGAGAAUGUAUACCAGAAAGCAUGUUUUGUAACUUUGUUCAAAACUGUCCCGAUGGAGAAGAUGAAAUCUUAUGCCCUUCCUACUGCGACUUUGAAACAGAUAGUUGUGGCUGGUCUGAGACUACCAGUGCAGAUGACUUUUACUGGAUGAGAAGCUCAAGGACCAGUCUGCCAUCAGAAUUCCAGAAACAAGCUCCACCUCAGGAUCAUACCAUGAAUACAACUGAGGGUCAUUUCAUGUUUAUUCUGAAAAACAGCACUGAUGGUUCUCAUAUUGCUGAAUUGAAAAGUCCUGAGUUCAGCUACUCUGGAACAAACUGCAUGAUGUCUUUCUGGUUUUACAACUUCGGGCUGUCAGUAGAUACAGCUGAACUGUAUUUAGUUAUUAAUGGAACAGAGAACAAGACUGUCCUUUGGACUGCUUUCUACAAUCAGGGAAACAAAUGGAUACCUGCUCAAAUACAAAUUGGUCGAAUCUCAAGAAGUUUUCAGUUUUCAUUUCGAAAGGACAGCUUAAAUUCCUAUGAUGGUGUUACAGCAAUAGAUGAUGUUUCACUCAAAAACUGUGGUCUUCCUCCAGCUGCAGAAAGUUGUAAUGCCAAAGAUAUGUACUGGUGCAGAGACACAAGAGCAUGCAUCGAUCAGUUGCUACUGUGUGACCUCAUAGAUGAUUGUGGUGAUAACUCUGAUGAAGACAACUGCUCCCAUGAGUUGCAGUGUGACUUUGAAAAUGGCUUCUGCAACUGGAUACAAGACACUAGUGAUGACUUUGACUGGAAAAGAAGUCAUGGACCUUAUCCAUCACUAAGAGAUACUAGACCCAUGAAGGAUCAUACAACAGGAACUGUUGACGGUUUCUACCUGUACAUAGAUACCUCAAAACCCCAGUCAUUUGGAGACAGAGCUAUGCUUAUUAGCCCAACUUUAAAAGCCACAGUGCUGACUAAUGACAGAAACUGUACCUUCCGUUUCUAUUACCACAUGUAUGGAAAACACGUUAACAAGCUAAUUGUCUAUAAGAGAGUCACAAGCAACACAAUGGGACAAGAAAUCUGGCAUAAAGAAGGCAGCCAAGUCAACAUGUGGCUUAGGCAAACAAUCAGCAUCACAAGUUCUGUACCAUUUCAGAUCCUACUGGAAGGUUAUGUAGGGGAUAACAUCAAUGGAGAUAUUGCGAUCGAUGACCUUUCAUUCAUUGACUGUUCCCUAUAUUAUGGAGAACUUCCAACUAUAAUACCAACAACUCCAUCAGAGACAUCCACUCUAGAAACUCUGCCACCUCACAACUGCACAGGAAAUGAAUUUGUUUGUCGGACAAGUGGAGGAUGUAUUAAUGUGAACCAAAAAUGUGAUUUUCGGGAUGACUGCCAAGAUAAAUCAGAUGAAUUCUUCUGUGCUAAAAAAAAUUGUAACUUUGAGGAUGGAAACAUGUGUGGCUGGUUUAAGCCACUGUCAACAUCGAGGACUGCCAAAAAAUUCCAGUGGAGCACAGGGCAAGGCUCAACUAUUAGUCCAGGAGAGGAAGGCCAUCGACCUUCCAAUGAUCACACGAUGAGUACAGUAAAUGGAUGGUACCUGUAUGCAGACAGCUCAAAUGGUAAAUUUGGUAACACUGCUGAUAUCACUACACCAAUGAUUUCUCUUACUGGUCCUAAGUGCAAACUGCUCUUUUGGACUUACAUGCAUGGUGCCACAGUUGGGUCUUUACAGGUAUAUAUUAAAUCUGGGAAUACAACCCUUGAGAUCUGGUCUCAAAGUGGUAGUCAAGGCCCAUUUUGGCAGAAAGGAGAGGUGUUCUUAGGAAUCCAUUCCUCCGUCCAGAUUAUCCUGAGGGCAAAACGUGGUGUGAGUUAUGUUGGAGAUGUAACGGUAGAUGAUAUUGCCUUUGAGGAUUGCUCCCCUCUGCAGCUGACAGAAAAAGCUUGUUCUACUGAUGAAUAUACAUGUGCCAACAAGUACUGCGUCCCUAAAGAUAACUUGUGUGAUUUUGUUAAUGACUGUGGUGACCACUCAGAUGAAAGCCCAUUAAUAUGCAGAGGUUUCUUUGGACGUUGUGACUUUGAAUUUGACUUUUGUUUCUGGCAACAAGGAAAGAAUGAUGACUUUGACUGGGCAUUACGAGCUAGAAAGACUCCAGCCAUUGGUACUUGUCCAACAGCCAAUCACACAUUGCACUCUAACACUGGCCAUUACCUAUUUCUGGAGAGUUCUUUCUCUCAGCUGCCAUUUCAAAUGGCCACAAUUUCUAGCCCUCCUAUAUGUAGAAGAAGUAAAGAUUGCAAGAUAACUUUUUUCUAUCACAUGUUUGGCAAAGGUAUUGGAAACCUUGAACUUUACAUAGUAACAGUGGAAAAUCAGAAAUAUUUGCUCUUCAACCUCAGCCGAAGCCAGGGAAAUUUUUGGCAGAGAAAAGAAAUUCUUCUUCAAAGUAAAGAUGAUUUUAAGGUUGUCUUUUUGGGACAGCUUGGACCUACUGGUAAAGGUGACAUAGCACUUGAUGACAUUUCCUUCAGCAAUGGAUGCAUUCCAUCUUUCUCUUUGUUUCCUGGGGAGGACACAUCAUCCCCUACAGGUUCCUGUCCACAUGGCUACUUGACAUGUCAGAAUGGAAGGUGUUACAGACCAGAACAAAGCUGCGAUUUUGUAAAUGACUGUGGGGAUAACACUGAUGAAAAGGAAUGUGGCACAUCCUGUGAUUUUGAACGUGGGAUGUGUGGAUGGAAGAACUCUCUAGCCGAUAACUUUGACUGGAUACUUGGAGUCGGUUCAUUUCAGAGUUUGAGGCCUACCGUAGACCACACACAUGGGGAUGAAAAUGGUCACUUCUUGUUUCUAGAGGCCACUCCGCUUGGUCUGAAAGGUGACAAAGCUCAUCUGAGAAGCUCCAAGUGGAAGGAAUCUGGCACAUUUUGUACAAUGACCUUUUGGUAUUACAUCACUGCAAAGGUCACAGGACUUAUUCGAGUACUUGUCAAAACUGAGAGAUCCCUCUCUGAGGUAUGGAGCAAGACUGGUAACCAUGGUGAUGAAUGGCAUAUAGCGGAAGUGUCACUCAGACGGCUACGUAAUUUUGAAGUGAUCUUUGAAGGAAUUCGGACACAGGACUUUGGUGGUGGAGCUGCUGUGGAUGACAUUCAUUUCAAAAACUGUGCUCCAGUAGGGGAGCUCCCUGGCCAGUGCCCAGUGGAAUCUGAUUAUUUUUGUCAGAAUAAGAAGUGCAUAGAGUCUGGCUUCAUCUGUGAUUACAAACCUGACUGCGAAGACACAUCUGAUGAAUAUGACUGCGGUCAGUAUUUUAGUAUUCAAGGAAGCUGUAAUUUUGAAUCAGAUUUGGAUACUCCUUGGCCAGUUGCAUGUGGUCUUUCACAGAAUGAUAAUGAUGAUUUUGACUGGUCACUUGGAAACAGUGCACCUAGAGAAGGAACAGGACCAGAUACUGAUCAUACACCAGGUCCAGGAAAAUGGUUUCUGUACAUUAAUUCAGCCAAUCAAAGAAAAGGCAACAUUGCAAUGUUUACUACCACCAAUUCCUUUCCUGCCAGCAUGGGGCUUUGUAGUCUUCGAUUCUGGUUCUACAUGUAUGGCUCCAAUUUGAUGGGAGUUCUAAAGGUAUAUAUAGUGCAGACAAGUGGAUUACACAUUCGAGUUUGGUCUGCAAAUGGAAACUAUGGGAAAGAGUGGAUCUAUGCAAAGGUUUUGCUCUCUAGCACUACUUCAUUUAAGGUGGCAUUUGAAGCUGAAGUUGGUGGCGAUAACCUCACAGAUAUAGCUGUUGAUGACAUCACUUUCACACCAGAAUGUGUGACUGGAGGACCAAUUUUACCUGAACCUAGAACUUGUGAUGCCAACUCCAUUCAGUGCACACUUGUCCAUGAAUGCAUACCUGUGUCAUGGAUGUGUGAUGGAGAAGAAGACUGUGUAGAUGGAACAGACGAAUCCCUGUGUCCUACCAAAAGCCCAGGCACACUUCCACCUCAGGAAUGCUACAACAAAACAGAGUUUCAGUGUUCAGAUGGAACAUGUAUUCCUUCCUUACUUAGAUGUGAUAAAGUUCCAGACUGCCCUGAAGGAGAAGAUGAAAACAGUUGUUCAACAAAAGAUUGCUUCAAUGGAUCUGUGCUUUGUGAAUCGACUGAUGAAUGCAUCCCUGUUUCUCAGCGCUGUGAUGGCAUAGAGGACUGCAGAAAUUUCUUUCCUGAUGAGUCCAGCUGCUCAGGGUGUCCUGAUAACUACUGCAGGCAUGGUGGCACAUGUAUAAUUCAAAAGGCAAUACCUUUUUGUCUAUGUACAGCAGAAUGGAAGGGAAAUCGAUGCCACAUUAAAAUCAAACCACAUCCCAGCCCUACAUCACAUCAGACCAGUGGAUCUGGUUUAGGGGAAAUCUGGGCUGGGCUUGCUGUUGGAUUAGCUCUACUCACCGUUGGACUUGUAUUUGGAAUCUGUUAUCUCUUUAGACAGAAAAUUUGGACAAGGUAA